ACAGUCCAGGGGCCGGGCGGCGCCGAUUGGCCGCCUGGGGCGGUGACCUCGCGUGACCCGCGCCCGGGGCGCGGUCGGAGCGCGCUGCAGUCUGCGGCCGAGCCCGGCGCCGGGCGGUGGACGGGUGACGGAGAGGCGCGUGGAGCACAGCCGUCCGGUCUGAGCGUCACUCCGCCGGCCACCAGUCAGUCGUCAUGGCGGUCAAAGCGCCCGCGAUAGCCGUGCUGCUCUGCGCGUCGCUGGCAGCGGGGUUCAUACCGCCGCACCUGCGGCCGCCACUGUUCCCGCUGCCUGUGCCGGCUCCGUCCGUCGAGGCGCGUCCUCAGAAACACUUUACUGGCUCUGUGUGUCCGCCAGAGACGACGUGCGUCCGCCCGCAAGACUGUUCGCGUCAGUGCCGGCCCGGCUGGGAUUCGUUCGGUCUCGGCAGCUGCUACUGGGUGCCUCCGGCCGAGGCAGCCGCCCAGACGGCCGCACAGACCGCCUGUGCCGCCCUCGGCGCCCAUCUGCCCGUUAUUGAGAACGCAGACGAGCUGUCGCGGCUGCUGGUGUUCGGCGCUCAGUGGACGAACGCCACCUGGGACGCGCAGCGCUCCUCGUGGGUGUGGUCGGGCACCAGGCGCCCGGUGCAGUUCUCGGCUCUGGGCACCGCGCGGCCCGCCGAUGGCUCUGCGACCGUCGCCUGCCUGGUGGCUGAUCCGGGACCGCCGGCCUUCUUCAUACCCACGGACUGCACCGGGACGGCCCUCUACAUCUGCGAAACGGGAAGCCCCAGCGUCUCUUCGUGCGCCGGACAGAGUGGUCGCAUCUGCUGUGCAGUCAGCGCUGAUCAUUACGGAGAGCCGUGCUACAUCGACGAGCAGGGGACACGCUGCGAACAGCGGAUCCGCGAAGGUUACUUUCCGCUGGGCGAGAGCCUGGUGCGGCCCACGGAGGGCACGGACGAAGGACAGCUCUCCUGGGCGGAGGCGCGUGCGCUGUGCCGCGCGGACGGUGGCGACUUGCUGGUGAUCGACGACAUCCAGAUGGACGAGAGAAUUCGCAGCAUGCUGAGCGAGCUGGCGCCGCUCGGAGCCACAGAGUUUUACAUCGGCCUGAGCUCUGACGCCGCUGGAGCCUUCAGCUACGUCAACGGCACGGCGGCCGCGGCCGGCAGCGCCUACCUCAAUUUCGCCACGGCUGCGGACGCCGCGCGGCCCAACUCGUGCGCGUUCUACUCGGGCCGGGCCUGGGCCUCUGGUGACUGCAGCGUGGCGCGCGACUUUGUUUGCCACAUCCGUCGCGUGCGCCACAGCCUGCGGCAGGAGCCGCGGCGGCCGCGCUGCGGCGUCCGACACCCGCGCGGUGUGCUGGGCAAGAGCAGCGCACGGUUCGCCCCGCCGCCGCUGCCGCUGCCGCUGCCGCAGAUACCACCGCCGCCGGGGGGAGACGACCGGCGCGGAGCUGCGCAGUUCGGGGAGAUUACCUGGCAGGCGGCCAUCUGGAUCCGGUCGGGUGCCAACGGACACGAGUUCGCCUGCAGUGGCGCCCUGGUGCACUCCAGCUGGGUGCUGACGGCAGCGCGCUGCGUGGCUGACACCGAGCCGGCGGACAUCAAGGUGACGGUGGGAGACUGGAACCUGGACGAGACGCGCCCCGUCAGCCUGCCGCCCGUGGCGGUGGAUGUGACGCGCAUCCGAACCUCACCGGGCCGGGUGUCUCACGGUCCGUUCGGCCCGGUACUCGAGCCCGGCCGUUUGGCGAUGCUGAGGAUCACUCCGGAACUGGACGGCGAUGAAUACCCGCACGUGGGACCCGUGUGUCUGCCCGAUACCAGUCUGCUGCAGGACGUCCACCAGCUCAGGUGUGUGGUGACCGGCUGGCGGGGCGGACUGCAGCCGACCCACCAGCCGUGGAGGCAGCAGCCCAACCCCGACCUGCGGGACAUUCUCAGGAAGUUUGAGACUGGUGUGCUGCGGCACGAUCCGGACUGCCAGGACCUGGCCCACCACCUGAAACAUCUCAAACAGCGUCCGCCGCAGCCGCCGCCGUUCGCGCCGCCGUUCCCGGGGCCGUACCCCUGGCCGCCGCGCCCCGUGCCGUUCUCUGUCGAGGGCCGCGACGCACUGGAGCCGCGUGACGGCUUCUCCUUCCGACCGCCGCCGUUCUUCGGAGCCCCGCCGCCCCCGCUGCCGCCGCCAGCCGCCUCUGAUCAGCCCGAACUGUUCAUCUGCCCGCGAGAGCCGCGCUGCAUCCCGGACCAGGGGGCACUGCUGGCCUGUGCGCUGCCGCCACCGCCGCCCCCGCCGCCUCUGCACCGCCCGCCGCUGCCGAGACCGCCGCCCUUCUUCCGCAGCGCCCAGAACGAGACAGAAGGCGACACCGCUACCGCAGAAACCACUACAUCCGUCCCCACCGGACCUGUGGACGCCUAUGAGCAGCUUUCCAAGGGCUUCCGGCCGCCCGUCGACAAGCAAACGGCUGCCAAACGCGCCAGGCGCAGUCCGGAGUCCGGUGGCGAGCCCUCGGCGCCCGUUGCAGCAGCCGCCGCCUCCGCCUCAGAGGGGGCAGCGGGGUCCGCCUCGGCCCAGGCACCCGUCGAGGGGCCGGGCGCAGGGUCCGCCCGGUCCGCUGCCCCGGAGGGAGACUCUGGCCGGACGGACGGCCGGGCUGCGUUCGUGCUCCCGCACAGUAUCAUCGGGGCGUUCCACUCGGCGCCUCCGCCGCUGGUGGGCGGGGGCCUGGGCGGCGGGCUGGGGCCGGACACUGAACCGGCCGGUGAGCCCGCCACCGCCGGUAGUCGACACUACGACGCCUAUGUGCUGGUCGGAGUGGCCAGCUCAGCCACCGACGGCUGCGUCACUGGACGAAUGGUGUUUGACGACAUCAUCCAGGAGUCUGAGUUCAUCCAGCAGGUUGUGCAUAGGGGCGGUUAGAGGGCGGGGUGGGGUUAGGACGCGGUGAUGAGUCUUAGGACAAACUCAUUGAAGGCUGGUUCCAGUAGCUUGGGCUCAAUUGGCUGUAAAUUGUAUGCUAGAAGCCUGUUACAGGGUGUUACGAGAACAAUAUAUUUUAUAUGGAGCCAA